AUGCGCCGACAUAACGGGCUCCUGUCGUCGUGCGAGCCCUGCCGCCGAACCAAGCUUCGCUGUGACCACCUCGUCCCCACGUGUGGACGGUGUCGCCGCACGCACAAGGCGGCCGCCUGCGUGUACAGGCCAAAUCUAACAAGGACCGCACCAUCGACGGCACAAACUGCUGCUAUAAAGACAUCUCCAAUAUCUGUGGCCAGGCCGUCGACACAGAUAGUAGUGCCGCAGGCACCGUCCAAAUCACGACCGCUGGCGAGCCCACAGCACGCCUUGCGAGACCGGUACAUCGAGGUCUGGAGUCAUCGACUAGCCCUGAGCUCCACUCCGAGCUUUCUAGGGCUGACGAGCUUUUCGGCAGUUUACAACGACAGUGAAGCCAGUCUGAGGCACCACUCGCCUAUCACACCGCUGCAGUUGCCGCAGUUCAAUCCGCCCCGUGUGCAUGUUGUCCAUGCGGUCGACGACGACCAGACAAAGCUCGGCGCGGAAUUGCUCUCACUACUCUUCGAUGAUUUUGCACUGUACCGCCAGAUGGCCAUCGCUUGCGAGGAACGGAGUAGCAAAGGUAUCAUGGACUUGCCGGCCAUGUAUACCAUCUGCGAUGUCAUCGAGGGGAUGUACAGCAGCAUGCCGAGUCAUCUGGACCCGCAAUCGCGGUUGCUGGAGCUCUCCCAGCGGUUGUUCGAGGGCACUACCCGCGAGUUCAUCACGCACGCAAAGAUGACACUCGGCGAAUAUCUCGUUGCCCUCGCUGGCCGCUGGGAAGCUAUCGGCUUUAUUCUCACCAUGUCCGGCAUCUGUGCGGCUAACACAAUAGUCGACGAUCCGCUAUUCCACGGCCUAGAGCUCUCCGCCACCGACCACAAGAAUCUAGGGAUUCUGGCCACUGCUGGCAGCGAGCUAUGUCUGCAGUUCUGCGAGAGCGUGGGCGUGAUGAGCGACCCCCUCGGCUGGCUGUUGUUGCGACACAUCCACCUGCUGACCUUGGUUUGCGGCGACCACGACUAUCGGCCCCGAAAACGCCUUGGGGAGCUGUCGACCCUCCUGUUCGCCAUGGGCUAUCAUCAGCUCGACGCCGGAGAGCAUCUGCCGUUCUUCCUCGUUGAAGGACGGAAGCGACUCAUGGUGCUCGCCUAUGCCUCUGACAAGGAUCUGGCAACAUUUUUGGGCUGCCCGCCUCUGAUCGCUUACCGCUUCUGUCGCAUCCAGCUUCCCUUGGACUUAAAACCGGCCGAAGUGAUCGCCGGGUCAGCCGUGCGCGACGCCGCGAUUGCCAAACUGGAUACCAGAGGUUGGAAUACUCAGGAACCCAUCCCAGGAACCUCGUGGAGCCGGGUGGGUUUGCUGCUGGGCCACGUCCGCGAGCUUGUAUUGGAACUCUCGCUUGAUUGCCAGGAUCCGCAUAUCCAACAACGAGCCGAUGAAAUAUUGUCUUUGGCCCAGCAGGUGCGCAGUGAUCUGCCGUCCUAUCUACAGUGGGACGAAAGCACCGACACCGCCCUGCGGCAAACCAGCACCUUCGCUGUCUACAUUCAUCUUGAUCUGCUGUAUAGCCAAUUUCUCUUGCAGCGAAUUCUGCUCAAGUGGUCAUUGACAGGGCCUGAAGCCCUUGUCAGCCUCGCGCACCAGAUGCUCAAGGCAAUGCUUGCCCAGAUUGCCGUGGGUCAACGGUGCGGAAAUCCGUUCAGCGAACUUGGAUGGACGAUCCCUUAUUUUGGCCUCCCCGCAGCUGGGAUUCUGGCCAUCGAAGUCCUACGCCAGACGCAGAACACCCGCCCGUGGCCGAACGCGAGGCGCUUCCCCCGCUCCGAGGUGAUUCAGAACCUCAGCAUUCUCGCCUCGCACAUCCAGUACAUUAUCCUGCCGCAAAAAGGCAAUUACGAUAUCUGUCAACAGGGCCGCAAGGUUAUCUCAUACAUUUUGGACCACGUGCUCGCCGCGCCCACGGAUCCCAGCGCAUCAAUUCCUCUCUUGCCGAUCGACCUGAUUCCUGCGGACUGGCUGGAUGAGGAGUGGCUGAAUGAUGGGACGGACUUUGUCAAGUGGAUUGAGGAGAUCAAUUGGGAUGAGUGA